UUUCUUUGGUGCUAAGACUAUUGGCCGAAGAAGUCCUGAUGGACCAGUGCUGAGCAAAGCUGAGUUUGUUGAGAAAGUUCGUCAGAGUAACCAGGCCUGUCAUGAUGGAGAUUUCCACACAGCUAUUGUUCUGUAUAAUGAAGCCCUGGCAGUUGACCCUCAGAACUGCAUCUUAUACAGCAAUAGAUCUGCUGCCUACAUGAAAAUCCAGCAGUAUGACAAGGCACUGGACGAUGCCAUCAAAGCCCGACUUCUCAAUCCCAAAUGGCCAAAGGCAUACUUCCGACAGGGUGUUGCCCUCCAGUACCUCGGACGUCAUGCCGAUGCUCUGGCAGCCUUUGCAUCCGGGCUGGCUCAGGACCCCAAGAGUCUCCAGCUUCUGGUGGGGAUGGUAGAAGCCGCCAUGAAAUCUCCCAUGAGAGAUUCCCUGGAGCCCACUUACCAGCAGCUUCAGAAAAUGAAACUGGACAAGAGUCCCUUCGUGGUAGUGUCUGUGGUUGGGCAGGAGCUCCUGACAGCCGGCCAUCAUGGGGCCUCUGUCGUUGUCCUAGAAGCUGCUCUGAAGAUUGGCACCUGCAGCCUCAAACUGAGAGGUUCUGUUUUCUCUGCCCUGAGCAGUGCUUACUGGUCUCUUGGGAACACAGAGAAGAGCACUGGAUACAUGCAGCAGGACUUGGAUGUAGCCAAGACCUUAGGUGACCAGACAGGGGAAUGCCGAGCUCAUGGGAAUCUGGGCUCCGCAUUCUUCUCCAAAGGAAACUACCGUGAGGCUCUUACUAACCACAGGCAUCAGUUGGUGCUCGCCAUGAAACUCAAGGAUCGAGAGGCAGCUUCAUCAGCCCUGAGCAGCCUGGGCCAUGUGUACACGGCCAUUGGAGACUACCCCAAUGCACUGGCCAGUCACAAGCAGUGUGUUCUCCUCGCCAAACAGUCCAAAGAUGAACUUUCCGAAGCCCGAGAACUCGGCAACAUGGGAGCCGUGUACAUCGCCAUGGGUGACUUUGAGAAUGCUGUGCAGUGCCACGAGCAGCACCUGAAGAUAGCCAAGGACCUGGGCAACAAGCGGGAAGAGGCCCGGGCCUACAGCAACCUGGGCAGUGCCUAUCACUACCGGAGGAACUUUGACAAGGCCAUGUCUUACCACAACUACGUGCUGGAAUUGGCCCAGGAGCUGACGGAGAAGGCCAUUGAGAUGCGAGCCUACGCUGGCCUGGGCCACGCUGCCAGGUGCAUGCAGGAUUUGGAGAGAGCCAAACAGUACCAUGAACAGCAGCUGGGCAUUGCUGAGAACCUCAAGGACCGGGCUGCUGAGGGGCGAGCGUCUUCCAACCUGGGAAUAAUACACCAGAUGAAGGGGGAUUACGACACCGCCCUGAAACUCCACAAGACCCACCUGAGCGUCGCCCAGGAGCUGAGUGACUAUGCCGCCCAGGGCCGGGCCUACGGGAACAUGGGCAAUGCCUACAAUGCCCUGGGCAUGUACGACCAGGCGGUCAAGUACCACCGGCAGGAGCUGCAGAUCUCCAUGGAAGUGAACGACCGCGCCUCCCAGGCCUCCACCCAUGGCAACCUUGCCGUGGCCUACCAGGCCCUGGGCGCCCACGAUCGGGCCCUGCAGCACUACCAGAACCACCUGAACAUUGCCCGUGAGCUGCGAGACAUCCAGAGCGAAGCGCGGGCCCUCAGCAACCUGGGCAACUUCCACUGCUCUAGGGGAGAGUACAUCCAGGCCGCGCCCUAUUAUGAACAGUACCUCCGGCUCGCUCCUGACCUUCAGGACAUGGAAGGAGAGGGCAAGGUCUGCCACAAUCUUGGCUACGCCCACUAUUGCCUUGGGAACUACCAGGAGGCCGUGAAGUACUACGAGCAGGAUCUGGCCCUGGCCAAAGACCUUCACGACAAAUUGAGCCAAGCAAAAGCCUACUGCAACUUGGGCCUAGCGUUCAAGGCUCUACUGAAUUUCAGCAAAGCUGAGGAGUGUCAGAAAUACCUACUGUCCCUGGCCCAAUCCCUGAAUAAUUCCCAGGCGAAAUUUCGAGCCCUGGGGAACCUGGGCGAUAUAUUCAUCUGUAAAAAAGAUAUCAAUGGUGCAAUAAAAUUCUAUGAGCAGCAGCUGGGCCUGGCUCACCACGUGAAAGACAGGAGGCUGGAGGCCAGUGCAUAUGCGGCCCUGGGCACUGCUUACCGAAUGGUCCAGAAGUAUGACAAGGCCUUGGGCUAUCACACACAGGAACUGGAGGUCUAUCAGGAGCUGAGUGACUUGCCAGGGGAGUGCAGAGCUCAUGGGCACCUGGCUGCUGUCUACAUGGCCCUGGGGAAGUACACAAUGGCCUUCAAGUGUUAUGAAGAGCAGCUGGACCUCGGGCAGAAGCUGAAGGAUCCAAGUCUAGAAGCCCAGGUCUAUGGCAACAUGGGCAUCACCAAGAUGAACAUGAAUGUGAUGGAAGAAGCCAUUGGCUACUUCGAACAGCAGUUGGCCAUGCUGCAGCAGCUCAGUGGCAAUGAGUCUGUGCUGGACAGGGGCCGGGCCUACGGCAACCUGGGGGAUUGCUAUGAGGCCCUGGGGGACUAUGAGGAAGCUAUCAAAUACUAUGAGCAGUAUUUAUCAGUUGCUCAGAGUCUGAAUCGCAUGCAAGACCAAGCCAAGGCUUACCGGGGCCUAGGAAAUGGACACAGGGCAAUGGGGAGCUUGCAGCAAGCCCUUGUGUGCUUCGAGAAGAGGCUCGUGGUCGCCCAUGAGCUCGGGGAGGCCUUCAAUAAAGCCCAGGCCUAUGGAGAGCUGGGCAGUCUGCACAGCCAAUUAGGGAAUUACGAACAAGCCAUCUCCUGCCUGGAACGCCAGCUGAACAUUGCCAGAGAGAUGAAAGACCGAGCCCUGGAGAGUGAUGCAGCCUGUGGCUUGGGGGGCGUUUACCAGCAGAUGGGAGAGUAUGACACAGCCCUCCAGUACCACCAACUCGACCUGCAGAUUGCCGAGGAAACUAACAACCCCACGUGCCAGGGCCGAGCCUACGGGAACCUGGGCCUGACGUACGAAUCGCUGGGCACCUUUGAGAGGGCCGUGGUCUAUCAGGAGCAGCACCUGAGCGUCGCUGCCCAGAUGAAUGACUUAGUGGCUAAGACGGUCUCGUACAGCAGCCUUGGGAGGACCCAUCAUGCCUUGCAGAACUAUUCCCAGGCCGUCAUGUACUUACAGGAAGGUCUAAGGCUGGCUGAACAACUGGGCCGAAGAGAAGAUGAGGCCAAAAUCCGCCACGGGCUCGGCCUGUCCCUCUGGGCUAGUGGGAAUCUGGAGGAGGCCCAGCACCAGCUCUACAGGGCAUCAGCCUUGUUUGAAACAAUCCGGCACGAGGCACAGCUGAGCACGGACUACAAACUUUCCCUCUUCGACCUGCAGACCUCCUCCUACCAGGCCUUGCAGCGGGUGCUGGUCAGCCUCGGCCAUCAUGAUGAAGCCCUGGCCGUGGCGGAGAGAGGACGGACAAGGGCAUUUGCGGACCUUCUGGUGGAGCGACAAACAGGACAACAGGACUCCGACCCCUACUCCCCGGUCACCAUCGAUCAGAUCUUAGAAAUGGUUAACGGCCAGAGGGGCCUAGUGCUGUAUUACUCCCUGGCCGCAGGCUACCUGUACAGCUGGCUGCUGGCACCCGGGGCAGGAAUCCUCAAGUUUCAUGAGCACUAUCUGGGUGAGAACACGGUGGAAAACUCGGGUGACUUCCAGGUCGGCAGCAGUGCAGCCUUGCCAACAACCACGAGCUCAGCCCUGGAGCAGCACAUCGCCAGCGUCCGGGAGGCCCUGGGGGUGGAGUCUUACUACUCCAGGGCCUGUGCCAGCAGCGAGACAGAGAGUGAGGCCGGUGACAUCAUGGAUCAGCAAUUUGAAGAGAUGAACAACAAGCUCAACUCAGUCACUGACCCGACAGGCUUUCUGCGCAUGGUUAGCCGCAAUAACCUCUUUAACAGGAGCUGCCAGAGCAUGACAAGCUUGUUCAGCAACACCAUGUCGCCCAUCAAGGACGGGACCUCCUCUCUUCCCAGGAGGCAGAGCUCAUUCACCAAGCCCCCGCUGCGUGCCCUGUAUGACCUGCUCAUUGCACCCAUGGAAGGGGGUCUGAUGCACUCCAGCGGCCCCGUGGGACGCCACCGGCAGCUGGUGCUGGUCCUGGAGGGGGAGCUCUACCUCAUACCCUUCGCCCUCCUGAAGGGAAGCUCCUCCAACGAGUACCUGUACGAGCGCUUCGCCCUCAUCGCCGUGCCUUCCAUCCGCUCGCUCAGCCCGCAGGCCAAGUCUCAUCUGAGGAAGAGCCCGCCUGCCUAUGCCAGCUCCACGUCCGUGGCAGCCGUCGUCGGCAACCCCAAACUCCCGGCAGCAGUGAUGGACAGGUGGCUGUGGGGGCCGAUGCCGUCAGCCGAGGAGGAAGCCUACACAGUGUCGGAGCUGCUGGGUUGCCAGCCUCUGGUGGGCAGUGUGGCCACCAAGGAGAGGGUCAUGAGCGCCCUGACGCAGGCAGAGUGUGUCCAUUUUGCCACCCACAUCUCCUGGAAGCUGUCAGCCUUGGUCCUCACACCCAACACGGACGGCAACCCUGCCAGCAGCAAGAGCUCCUUUGGCCACCCCUACACGAUCCCCGAGUCCCUGCGGGUGCAGGAUGACGCCAGCGACGUGGAGAGCAUCUCAGACUGCCCGCCCCUCCAGGAGCUACUGCUCACGGCCGCGGACGUCCUGGGCCUGCGGCUGCCCGUGAAGCUGGUGGUCCUCAGCUCCUCCCAGGAGUCCAGCAGCAAAGUCACGGCCGACGGGGUCAUUGCACUGACUCGGGCCUUCCUGGCUGCUGGUGCACAGUGCGUCCUCGUGUCUCUGUGGCCUGUGCCGGUGGCUGCUUCCAAGAUGUUCAUCCACGCCUUCUACUCAUCCCUGCUGAACGGCCUGAAGGCCAGCGCCGCCCUGGGGGAGGCCAUGAAGGUGGUGCAGAGCAGCAAGCCCUUCGCGCACCCCUCCAACUGGGCAGGUUUCAUGCUCAUUGGGAGCGAUGUCAAGCUGAACAGCCCCUCAUCCCUCAUCGGUCAGGCCCUCACAGAGAUCCUGCAGCACCCGGAGCGAGCGCGGGAUGCCCUGCGAGUGCUCCUGCACCUGGUGGAGAAGUCCCUGCAGCGCAUCCAGAAUGGGCAGCGCAAUGCCAUGUACACCUCCCAGCAGAGCGUGGAGAACAAAGUGGGUGGCAUCCCUGGCUGGCAGGCUCUCCUCACCGCUGUGGGCUUCCGGCUGGACCCGCCGGCCAGCGGCCUGCCGGCGGCCGUCUUCUUCCCGACCUCCGACCCAGGCGACCGGCUCCAGCAGUGCAGCACCACCAUCCAGUCCCUGCUGGGUUUGCCCGGCCCCGCCCUCCAGGCGCUCUGCAAACUCAUCCGGGCAUCGGAGACUGGCGAGCAGCUCAUCAGCCGGGCUGUUAAAAAUAUGGUUGGAAUGCUCCACCAGGUGCUGGUUCAGCUGCAGGCUGGCGAGAAGGAGCAGGACUUCGCGUCAGCACCCAUCCAGGUGUCCAUCAGUGUCCAGCUGUGGCGGCUCCCGGGAUGUCACGAGUUCCUGGCAGCUCUAGGUUUUGACCUCUGUGAAGUUGGGCAAGAGGAAGUGAUCCUGAAAACGGGAAAACAAGCCAGCCGGCGGACCACGCACUUCGCCCUCCAGUCCCUGCUGUCACUCUUCGAUUCUACCGAGCUGCCCAAGCGCCUCAGCCUUGACAGCUCGUCCUCCCUGGAGUCCCUGGCGUCGGCUCAGUCCGUUUCCAACGCUCUGCCCGUGGGCUACCAGCACCCUCCCUUCUCCCCAACUGGGGCAGACAGCAUCGCCUCGGACGCCAUCUCCGUGUACAGCCUGAGCUCCAUCACCUCCUCCAUGAGCUUCGUGUCCAAGCCCGAGGUCGGGUCAGAAGCUGGAGGCCCUCGCGGACGACAGGACUACGAUCGGUCCAAAAACACCUACCCGCAGAGAUCCACCUUGCCUCGGCGCCAGAUGUCCCCACAGGCCCGCACGGCCGGCAGCAAAGAUGACGAGGAGUACGAAGGCUUCUCCAUCAUCAGCACGGAGCCUCUGGCAGCCUACCAAGAAGACAGGAAGGCCCGCCUCUCACCAGAUCACAAGCAGCCCAGGGUCGGGGCAACAGGGGCUGUGAAGGGCCCCAUUAGCUCUGAGGGGAGCAGCAGCGCCCCCAACUCGCCCGUCAAGAUGCCUCUGAUCCCCAGCCCAAACUCACCCUUCCAGAAGGUCGGGAAGCUAGCCAGCUCAGACACGGGCGAAUCGGACCAGUCCAGCACAGAGACGGACAGCACCGUGAAAUCCCAAGAGGAGAGCAAUCCAAAGCUUGAUCCACAGGAGUUGGCCCAGAAGAUUCUAGAGGAGACCCAGAGCCACCUCAUGGCAGUGGAGCGUCUGCAGAGGAGUGGCGGUCCGGUGAGCAAGGGCGCCAACUCGGAGGACGGCCUUGCCGGGCCCAACAGCAGCGCUGUCUUCAGAGCCUCAGAAACCAGUGCGUUCAGCAGGCCUGUCCUCUCCCAUCAGAAGAGCCAGCAGUCACCGCUUACUGCUAAGCCAAAGCCCCCAGCCAGGAGCUCGUCCCUGCCCAAGGUGAGCUCGGGAUACAGCAGCCCCACCCCCUCAGAGCCAUCCAUCAAGGACAGCCGGAGCCAGCACGGCGGCCGGCCCUCGCCGGGCUCUGACUCCCAGACGUCCCUGACUGACCAGCCUCUCUUUAAACUGAAGUACCCCAGCUCGCCUUACAGUGCUCACAUUUCCAAGUCCCCAAGGAACAGGUCCCCAAGCUCAGGCCACCAGUCUCCUGCUGGCAGCGCACCGUCCCCAACGCUCUCCUAUUCUUCAGCUGGUUCCGCUCGCUCGAGUCCCGCGGACGCGCCAGACAUCGACAAACUGAAGAUGGCGGCCAUUGACGAGAAGGUGCAGGCCGUGCACAACCUAAAGAUGUUCUGGCAGAGCGCACCCCAGCACCCCCCGGGACCAGUGAAGAUAUUCCGCGGGGCCCCCGGGACAAUGACCUCUAAGAGAGAUGUCCUCAGUCUGUUAAACCUGUCACCCCGUCACAGCAAGAAGGAAGAAGGAGCAGAUAAGCUUGAACUUAAGGAGCUGUCUUUGCAGCAGCCUGGCGACGCACCGCCAGCGCCCCCUCCCAACGGGCACUGGCACACGCAGACCAGCAGGCUGAGCACGCUGCCGCUGCCCGCCGGCACUGCAGCGGCUCCCACGCGCCCUUUGAGACUCCCUGCAGGGAACGGCUACAAGUUUCUGUCCCCGGGAAGAUUUUUCCCCUCCUCCAAAUGCUGAAGUGUCUUCUCCACCCGCUGGGUCUGAGCAGCAGCCCACAGAGGGUCUCCCUGUGCGCACCGUUGGCCUUGCCUGAGCGCACCAGUCCCAGCCACGCCUCCUGGUGGGCGCCUUCCCUGGCGUCACCCUGUCCAAACGCCACCAAGCACACGGCCAGUGGCUCCGUUGUCAGGACUCUGGGCCAGAUUCACCCAAAGCCAGGACUUCUGUGGGGUUGGUACAGGACACUCGUGGACUUUUCCACACACUUCACACCAAAUGUUUACCUUGGAACUCC